CGGCUCUGCGGCGCUCUCCCCUGGCAGCAGGAGGAGGAGGAGGAGGAGGCGGCUGUGUUUGCUUGACCGGCCUGUGCCCAGGAUGCAAGAGGACCCCCUGAAAAGGCAGCCACAGAUCCCGGUGGUGAAAACAAGAAACCCAACAAAUCCCAACAGCUCAAACAAGUUUUCAAAGAAUAUGGCGCUUGGUGUGGAUAUGACUGCAGUUCUCUUCAAACUUGGUUUCAGUGAAUCAUCGUUGCAAUCUAAAAUGGCUGCUGGUACAAGCACGUUUGUGUUGGCAUAUGCUGUUCACAAACUGUUUGCUCCAGUACGAAUCAGCAUUACUGUAGUUUCUGUGCCAUUUAUUGUCCGAUACUUCCGGAAGAUUGGGUUCUUCAAACCUCCUGCCCCAAAGUCAUGAUGAUUUUUGUGUUGGUUUUUGCUGUUUUUAAAUGCUCUAUAUCCAUGUAGCUUUUCAGUUUACCAGAUUUCUUUAGAAAACUUAUUUGGAUCAUGUUAAUGCUGACCUCCUCUUGCAUUUCUUAUUCAUUCUUUCAGGUAAAUGUGACACUGUGAAAAGUGCUGUCUUUAUCCUCUUUCCGUUUUGCAGCCUCUUUAUUAGAAAAACCUGCUAAAAAAAUAGCAUCAGGUGUUCCCUGCAAGUGGUAAUACAAAUGCUUGACAAUGAGCAGUCUCUUUAGAACAUAUAGUUCUGUGUCUUUAUAAUCUAGCUUUCUGGGCCUAAACUUUUCUCUUGUUGAAACAGUUGCUGCAGUUCAGCACUUGUUUACUGUAUAGUUGGGAAUUAAAAUAAGAUUAAGUUUCUCCUUAA